CUCCCGCCUCCUCCUCCUCGUCGUCCUGGCCUCUCCUUCCUCCCAAAGCGGGCUCCGCGUCCCUCAGCCCACCCCACCCCGCGCUCCGGGCAAAGGCAAGGGCGCCACCAUGAAGAAGCAAUUCAACCGCAUGCGGCAGCUCGCCAACCAGACCGUGGGCAGGGCUGAAAAAACAGAAGUUCUGAGUGAAGAUCUCUUGCAGGUGGAGAAGCGUUUGGAGCUGGUGAAGCAAGUCUCCCACAGCACACACAAGAAGCUGACAGCAUGUCUUCAGGGUCAGCAGGGAUCAGAUUCCGAUAAGCGCUCGAAGAAAUUGCCUUUGACGUCACUCGCCCAAUGCUUAAUGGAAGGUUCUGCUAUUCUAGGGGAUGACUCCCUGCUUGGGAAGAUGCUGAAGCUGUGCGGGGAAGCAGAGGACAAGCUGGCUCAAGAGCUUAUCCACUUUGAGCUGGAAGUUGAAAGGGAUGUGAUUGAGCCUCUGUUCGUACUGGCUGAGGUAGAAAUCCCAAAUAUACAAAAACAGAGGAAGCACUUAGCAAAAUUAGUUCUGGACAUGGAUUCAUCAAAAACAAGGUGGCAGCAGUCAGCCAAGUCUUCGGGUUUGUCAAGCAACCUGCAGCCUACGGGUGCCAAAGCGGAUGCUCUCAGGGAAGAGAUGGAGGAGGCAGCAAACAGAGUGGAGAUUUGCAGGGAUCAGCUCUCAGCUGACAUGUACAAUUUUGUGGCCAAAGAGAUAGACUAUGCAAAUUAUUUUCAAACUUUAAUAGAAGUGCAAGCAGAAUAUCACAGGAAGUCAUUAGCACUUUUGCAGAAUGUGUUGCCACAGAUCAAAGCGCAGCAGGAAGCAUGGAUCGAGAAGCCUUCCUUUGGGAAGCCCCUGGAGGAGCACCUAUCUGUCAGUGGCCGGGAGAUAGCCUUCCCCAUUGAGGCAUGUGUCACCAUGCUCCUUGAAUGUGGCAUGCAGGAAGAGGGCCUGUUCCGAGUGGCUCCCUCAGCCUCCAAAUUAAAAAAGCUAAAGGCAGCUCUUGACUGCUGUGUGGUGGAUGUUCAGGAGUACUCAGCAGAUCCCCAUGCCAUUGCAGGAGCACUUAAGUCCUAUCUUCGAGAGCUUCCAGAACCACUCAUGACAUUUGAACUCUAUGAAGAAUGGAUUCAAGCCUCCAACAUCCAGGAUCAGGACAAAAGACUGCAGGCCCUGUGGAACGCCCUUGAGAAAUUGCCCAAGGCCAGCCAUAGCAAUCUAAGGUACCUGAUCAAAUUCCUUGCAAACUUAACAGAGUAUCAGGACACAAACAAAAUGACACCAAGCAACAUAGCAAUUGUGCUGGGGCCUAAUCUCCUCUGGCCUCAGGCAGAAGGAAACAUCACAGAGAUGAUGGCGACUGUCUCCUUGCAGAUUGUUGCAAUUAUUGAGCCCCUUAUCCAGCAUGCGGACUGGUUCUUUCCCGGAGACAUAGAAUUCAACUUGACCGGGAACUAUGGCAGCCCUGUGCAUGUGAACCACAAUGCAAAUUACAAUUCCAUGCCAUCACCCGACAUGGACCACGCUGACCGCAAGCAUCCAGAUCAGACGCGGCGACCCCUUAGUGUGGCCACGGACAACAUGAUGCUGGAAUUCUACAAGAAGGAUGGCCUUAGGAAAAUCCAAAGCAUGGGCGUCCGGGUGAUGGACACCUCUUGGGUGGCUCGCAGGGGCACCUCCGUAGUUCGUAAGGCAUCCUCCACCCCUCCUGCCAUGCAGCCCCCUGCUCCGCCUUCUGAUCUUGCUGCUACUCCUCAGUCACCAAUUCCUGAGCAAUCUUUUGACAUUUCAGCUACUCCCUCCCCUACUCCAUCUAGCUUCGGUUUCCCACCAGGGGCUGAGCGAGCAAGCACGGAUGGUGUGUCGUCUAGUUGGUCGGAUUCCUGUUACAUCUACCCAUCCCCUGAGGACGACAAGCCUCCCCCAUACCCCUGCUACUCAUCCUUCUACCCUUACCACCCCAAGACUAGCCCGUGCACUCGGCCCGAGUUGCCCUUGCCACUGUACCGGUGGUCAGGGUACAGCCAAACCCUGCCUCCCCAUUCUUCUUCCUCCCCCUCCCCUCAGCAGCUUGAUAUUAACUCUAACCCUAAACCAUGUUUCCUGCAUCUCCCUAAGCAAAGCUCCCUCACAGAGUUGCAUGGUCCUGAGACUAACCUCUCCUCUGUUUACAUUAAAACACCCCUCACCUUAUCCAAACCUGAUCCUCCUGGCACUCCUUACGGUUCCCAUAUGUCAGUCUCUUCCCCCUGGGUCAGCUGCACCUGUGCCAGAGACAGAGGAGCCGGGCUCACUAGCGCAUUAAAAACUAAGGAACUUUCUCCUGUGUCUGGGCCAAAAGGCAGCCCAACCUGUGGUCCUGUGAUACCAUGUGGAGUGGCCAUACAGCAGUCACUUGGUCCCACGCAGCAGCUGUCCACAGACCAGAGUCCGCACACUCUGAGGAAAGUUUCAAAGAAGCUGGCCCCAAUUCCUGCCAAGGUUCCUUAUGGCCAGUCAAGUGGUAUGUCUGAUCAGUCCACAGGGCAGCCAUCCCCUGCCAGCCUCUCUCCCACCCCACCAAGCACCCCAUCACCCUAUGGACUGAGUUACCCACAAGGCUACUCCCUGGGCUCGGGCCCACUCUCCCCAGCUGCUGCUCCUUCCCUGUCUUCUCCUCCUUCUCUGACAAGCACUUUAACCAAAUCUCGGCCCACCCCCAAGCCACGACAGAGGCCCACGCUGCCACCUCCACAGCCUCCCACAUCAAAUGCAUCCGGCUCUAGUCCACAGUCCACGGAGCACACCAUACUAGACGGCAUGUCCCCUGGGGAGAGCAUGUCCACAGAUCUCGCCCACCUUGAUGUCCCUUCCAUCCAUAUCGAGGUUGAUGUCUCCAAACUUCACCUGGACCCACUGGGACAAGUCCAGAGACAUCCAGUACCAGGAAAAAUACGUUCAGAGGAGGAUUCAGAAAGCACCGCUCUAUGACACAAUGUCCCUUGCUCCCUCUAAUGUCCUCUCUUGUACAUAUCGGUGUCCCACGAACACUCCAUGGAAGGAGACGUGUCCAGAGACCUUGCCUGCUUGUGCGUGGGAGGUGGUGUCUGUUAUGGAGCUCUGCGUGCCAGCCACUCAUGCAAGACUGACAGCCCUGUGGGCCUGGUGCUAAGCCUGUUGGUGUGGCAAAGGGCACAUUGCCAGUGCAAUUUCCAUUUAAUUUAUUAUUUUUCUCCUUUGUUUAGCCUUAUCCAAAUUUUGCCUUUUUGACGUGGUGCCUAUUUAAUCUCCUUGACAAGCUUUUGGACCCUUACCAAAAUAAGUAACUAAAUACUCUCACCGACCUUUUCAGGCAGUUGAAUACAGGAGUAAGAGAGUGGCAGAUAGGCUCAGCAAAUUAAUUCCACCUGUUUGUCUAGUCUUAUUGACUUCAGCAUUAUCUCUUGCCCCUUCUGCCACAGACUCUUGUUCCAUCUGUCCUUCCUCUGUCUGCCAGCUAACUCUCGAUAUUGCUGGUUCAUGGCUCUCCCCCCCCCCCCCCCCCCGUAGUUUGAGUAGGCUACACUUGCGUUGUCCCUGGGAUCUUCCAUCCCUUCAAAGCCUGUUUGCCUGGUAUUUGUCCCCUUUAGGGAAAUGUAUCAUCAGAGAAUCUGCAGGAUUCAAGGAAAGAUCAUUUGCCCUUUUGGGUUCUUUUACUAUUCCAUUCCUUGUUUGCACCCCCUGCAAUUACUUGGACCCUCUUCCUACCCCAAUGGGUAGCGAGGAGAUCAAGGAAAGAGAUCAGAAGGGACAGAUACCAGGAGGAACAUGCCAUUGCUUUCUUUCACUGUGGCCAGAGUUGAGCAGGAAAGGUGGCUGUGAUCUGAAGUGGGUGAUGCUUCCCAUUAGGUAGAGAACUGGUUACUUGAUUAGCAAUAAAAAUGCUCCUCAGCAUAUCCCCUGCAGUGUGAUCUCAGAGAUGGAAACUGACUGCACGGAGUUCCUGUUCUCCAUCCUUAUGAUGGGCUUAUUCCUGCCCAGAGUCCUUCUCUCUACUCUGUGUUCAGGCCUUUUUUCCAGGGCGAGGGGAAAGGAAUUCCACCAAAGGAUAUACAUUUGCAAUGGCUAGACUGCAGCUCCCUGUAGUGUUUAGCUCAGGGUCCGACUGAGCAGAGCAGAGCUCUUGGCUGUGCAUGCAAAGGCAGAUGUAACCUUUUAUCCUUUUCAAAGAGAUGAGAUAUAGAUAGAUAGAUAGAUAUAUCUGUCCAGAUAGGUAUAUAUUUGUAUAUAUAAAUAUAUAUUUGGUUUAUUUGGGGCCAUUCCAUCUGAACGGGUGUACAAAUGUACAAUGUAAAUCUAAACACUUAAAAUGAUUAUCCUACACAGCGAAAGAGAGGCAUUUUCAAACUCUUUCAGGUUUAUGGUAAAUGUCUCAAAACUCCUCUCUUUUGGCAGCAUUUUUGCAAGUCUGGAUGCUUUUGCUUUGCCACAGGCUGUGAUAAUGUGUGAUUCAUCACCCCAAAAUGGAAGAGGCAGGAACACAAGUGCACAUCCUGGUGAACUGGGAAGGGAAAUGGAAAUUUUAACUGCUCUCCCCAGUUCUGGUCACUUGAUGUCUUUUUGCUGCUCAUGCUGGGGCCAUAGACUGAGCCCAGAUGCUGGGCAGCUCCUUCUGAGGGGAGAGUGUCCUGCUUUCUCCAUUUCUGUCCCCACCCCUCCACUCCCUUGACUUAUGGUGUCAUUAAAGUACAGUUAAUUA